GAGACACGGACAGAGGAGCUGUGUGUGGACUGUAUUGUGAAGCUUGGAGUCUUGCACUGAACCAGACAGAGUUAUGUACUGUGCUCAUCCUGUCUCUGGCACAGGCAACAACUCAUUGAUGUACUGCUACAACAUGAAACCAGUUUAUGGGCAGUCUCCCAGCACUGACAACAUCAACCAGAACUCAUUGUCACAUCCGUCAACCAAGGCCCCCAACAAUGUGUUCGCAAGCACAUUCUUCGAGGGGAUGAGCAAUUCACCUGACAUCUGGAAUGCUGUAAACGGGCUGAACCAGCAGGGCUAUGAAGGUGCGCUGGGAGCAGCCACAACCCACCAAACACAGCCGGCCAGCUACAGCAGCCUGCAGCCGACACACAGUCACCUGGAUUACUCUCCGCAUUCGGUGAUGGCUGCUGACAUGAACAGGGGUCUUCCGCCCAUGUCCACCUUUCAUCGCAACAACACAGUAGCUCGCACCCCGUCAAUCAACACCUCAGAGAACUCUGCAGUCUCAGGGAGCCAAGGAAAUGUGUCAGGAGCAUCACAGACAGGCGACACCUUGGGCAAAGCUCUGGCCUCUAUUUAUUCCCCCGAUCACACCAGCAGCAGCUUCCCCUCCAGCUCGUCCACACCGGUGAGGUCUCCGUCUCCGCUGCCGAACGCAGCUGAACCUGCAGGUACCAAUAUGUGGCCCCGCAGCUCCGUUCCGGCACCGGUGUCGCCACAUUAUGAGUCUUCACUUAUAUCACUGUCUCAGGUGGAGGACCGCCUGGACAGACUGGACGAUGUGAUCCACGUCCUGAGGAACCACGCUGUGGGUCCUACAGCCGCUCUGCCCCCCGACAUCCACGGUCUGCUGAACCAGACCCACCACGGCCACCCGGGCUCUGCCAGCACUCUGCCACUCUCCUGUCACCCUCCAGCCAUGGUUGAAGCUGUCAGUAUGAACAACAACCACUCGGCCUUCCAGAGUCGCACACAAAAUGGCCACCCGUACCCGGCCAGACAGAGGGCCACGCUGCAGCCGGCGCAAGGAGGAGGCAGAGGUGGUCUGGGAGUUCAGGGUAAUCUGGAGCUUAAGAUGGAAAGCGUGGAAAGGGAGGAGAUGAUGCACACAAAUCACGGUCACAGCUCCGACAGCCAGAGAUCAGAUGAGGAGAGCGAACACAAAACACAAGGAGACAGCAUCCAUGAGGACGAGGACCUGAGUCCGGAGCAGAAGGCCGAGCGCGAGCGGGAGAGGAGGAUGGCCAACAAUGCCCGCGAACGUCUGCGUGUUCGGGACAUCAACGAGGCCUUCAAGGAGCUCGGUCACAUGUGUCAGCUGCACCUGAAGAGCGAGAAGCCGCAGACCAAACUGCUGGUGCUGCACCAGGCUGUGGCGGUGAUCCUCAGCCUGGAACAGCAAGUCAGAGAGAGGAACCUGAACCCGAAGGCGGCGUGUCUGCGGAGGAGAGAGGAGGAGAAGGCGUCGGCCGUCAUGACCGAUCCUCAGUCCAUGCAUCUCGCUUUCCAUCCCAGUCUGACAGACCCGGCAAACCCCAUGGGCCACCUCUGAGCACCCGAUAGUGACCACAUCAAAUGUUGAAUGAAGAGCAUCCCAGGAGCAUCCAGCUGUUCUGGGUGUCCAGCGUUUCUUCUGAAUUUGGACCGGAGCGGAGAGGUCGUCCUCUCUCGUUAGAAAGUGUGAUGCAGUUGAACAAUCAUCUCCUCGCUUCCCCAGCCGGACUUCUAACUUUGUGCCUGAACUUUACUUGUAAGAGACAAAUGCAUUGUAAGCUGCAGAUGUUUUGUAUAUAUUUUGUAUAUUUAUUGAUGAUCCUUCUGUUGGAAUAUAUCUGAACGGGUGAAACCCAGUAGUGACGAGGCGCCGUCUGCAGUUUGAUAUGUUUCUGACUGACUUUUAAAGUGUAUCACUAUCUUCCACCGAGCUCAGAGGACUUGACAUUCCCAUAUUUGUGUUUCAGACAGCAGAUUUCAUUUGACCUGUGUGUUGCGUGUGUGUACGGGUGGAGGUUGUGUGUGAAUAUUGCAGAGGUUUGACCAUUCUGUGAAUGAACAGACCUCCAAGAAUGUUCUUUAACAUGCGGGCAUCAUCUGUUAUUUGUAAAUUUGUCCUAAUAAGUUUGUGUUAUUGCACUGUUAACAGGAUUACACUUACUGAAACACUGGUGGACAGAAUCCCUCCUCUUCUCAGUGUAAUCAUUGCUCUUCACAUGUAGUCAGACAAGCUCUUUGCAUGUUUGAGUUUUUAAUAGAACUUUUCAGUUUUCUAAGUUAUGUAAGUUAUCUUUUAUACAAAUAUUGUAAAAUCCAUCAUGUCUCUGUUUGCUUUUGUCACUGAUUUUACACAGGAAGAACAUUUUAGUGCAGUUUACUAGAUGUAGCUCAAAUUUCAUGCUCUGAGCAAUACAGUGUUACAGAAUAAUUGAUGUCUUGUUUACUUAUCACACCAACGAACAGAUGAUACUAAAAAAAAAACAACCCAGAAAUAAUCUGAAAUACUCCUAUCAUAACAUGUACAGUAUGUGUACAGUUUGAAGUAGCCUACAGGCAUGUGUCAAAAAUAAUAAUGUAGCAAUAAAUGUCAUUUUUCAAAUCGUU